AAGCAAACAAAGAACUUCGAGGCAAACCCAAAACAGAAGCAAAUGGGAAAUCAAUAUCGCACCCCAAACCUAUCAUCAAAGCAAUGUGGCUCAAGCCUAGUCCAGACGAUAGAUGCACCGCUUCCUCUAGUAUGGUCCAUAAUGCGCCGCUUCGACCACCCACAACUCUACAAGCAAUUCGUCAAGAGUUGCACGUUGAGUGCCGGCACCGGCAGCAUCGGAAGCGUACGUGAAGUGAUGGUUGUGUCAGGGUUACCGGCGGCUACGAGCAUGGAGAGGCUAGAUGAACUUGAUGAGGACUCGCAUGUUAUGGUGGUUAGCAUCAUUGGAGGUGAUCACAGGCUUGUUAAUUACCGUUCUACGACCACUUUGCAUGAAAUUGAAGAAGGAAAGGGUGGAAAGACGGUGGUGAUGGAGUCGUACGUAGUGGAUGUCCCAGCGGGGAGUAGCAAGGAGGAUACAUGCUCUUUUGCUGAUAUGAUAAUUGGGUGCAACCUUAGGUCAUUGGCUAGGGUAACGGAAAAGAUGGCCAAGGUUUAGGUUUCACCUAUGCUAUUUCAUAUUAUGCCCUUUUUCUUUUUCCCCUUAGUUAAUUUUUUUUUUUGUUACUUAUGUAGGAGAUAGAGUACAAACCAAUUGUCUCAAUUCUUGUAACCUUUCAAAGGUUUUUUUUUUUUUUUUGGGAGCGCGAUAGCUUGUAAAUCCAAGUGUUAUUAUUACUCUGAUUUUAAUGCUCUACAUAUGCAUAUUAAUAACAAUAAUCACCAGGUUAUAUGUA